AUGAGCAUCGAAUUGCGGAUGCUGCGCAGCUGGGCCGCCGAGGUCUGCGCUGACAGCAUCGACCUCCUUUUGAGGCUGAAGAUGAUCGGCGACCACGCCGGAGGGUGGGCCCAGGUGCUGGAGCCCAUCGAGGCCUCCGAGUUCGCUCGACGCCUCGAGGUGUUGGGCUUUCCUGGGGAGCCCGCCGAGAUCGCGGCGGAGGUGGCAAGAUGUCGUGGGAACGGUGCCGCCAGUCAGAUCUCCGUAGAACAUGUCUGCUGCGCCCUUUUCGGUCUGAAGCAGUUCCGACGUGCUCCAGGCACGGCCAAAGAUGCCGUGAAGACCAAGCCCACGCCUACCACACCCGUGCGCAAAAAGAAUCCGAUCCGCAAAGCUGAGUGGGAUUCCAGCAUCUUUUCGGGCUUCUGCGCCAAUGCUUCAAGGCCGGCUUCUCUGCGCGUGUACUUCAGUUCGCCCCCGAAGGAUCCCGUCAUGCACCGGGCUGCAUCCAACCCUGCACUGAGCAGGCCGGCAACAGUGGCAACGGGGCCCAUGGGCCCUUCUGCGAACAAGGGCGGUUCUGCGCAGGAAGCGACCGCCGCGGUCGCAGUGCGUCGCCGCACAGACAGCGCCUUCCACGCCGAGCCUGCGGGUGGGCUGUGGAUGCUCUUUGAUGCGUCGUUGACGCUGCGUGCAUGUGCGGCAGUCCAGACGCAGACAUCUCUCCAGCAGGAUGCGCUUUGCUCCGAGGCUUGGGCAAACCGUGGGCCAUGCGUGCGGAAACUUUCAGCAGCAACGUUGCAGGCUUUGGGACUGCGGCAAUCCCCAAGUGUGGCCUCGGCCUUACCAGCAGCGCCCAUCACCAUACAGCGAGCGACGUUCUCGGAGGUCUAUCGCAUCGGCGUGUUGGGAGGAUCUUUGGUAUCGUUGCUCGGACAUGUCUUCCGUUUCAAUGCCUCCUGUCCGCUGGUAAUCGGUUUCGGGGCAGCCAUGGAAUGCCCUUUCGAAUGUUUCAGUGGCCUGCGGCGCCUCGGAGAGUGCCUGAACGGCCCUCUCAGCGAGUUGGCGCGCGGCUACCGUGAUGGCAAGGCAAAGGUCUCUGCGGCCUUGCUGGAGCUGUCCGUGCCGCAAGCGGCCAUCAUCAACGAGGCGGCACCCAGCGGCGAGCUGGUGGCCGAUGCUCCAGGCGAGUCGGAAGAGGGCUCCGUUCAAGCCGGUGUGCACAUUGGCAGGGAGGCCGUUGCCGUUGCCAUGCACAGGAUGCGGAUCAAGCAGGAUGACAGCUGGAGGCAAGAUCGUGAGCUGGACAAGGAGGAGUUCUACGACUGCUUGGAGAGCUACAGCAUCUCAGAUGGCGACGACCCUGCCACAGCGCACAUGGACGUGGCCGACCUGUUUUGGUGGUGA